AUGGAUGACUAUGGGAGCAGUGAGGAUAUUCUAUGCAAUGAUGAGAUAAACUUUAGACACUUUUUAAAGGACGGAGCAAUUGUCAAAAAACGCAUUGAUAAGUAUAUAGCAGAAAAUGGAGAUUGCCGGUCCUGUGACUUUUGUAAAAAGCAAUAUUCUCUGAGAACGAAAUUUGUACACGAGAACCAUUGUCUGGUGAAACUGGCCAAGGAAUCAAAAAUGGAUCCGCUGAAGAUGGCAACCUUUUGCUUGCGGGCAUGUGAUCUUGAAGACGUGUCUUUGGAGGAACCAAUGGAGUUCUCAGAAGUCCUGAAAACUAUCAUGGCCGAACAGCUUGAUAAUGAUGCAGAUGAUGAUGAUGACCCAUUUGAGUUGAAAAGUAAAAAAGAGAACCGUCUGGAGGUGGAAACUGAUGAGAAUCCUGUUACAGCACAUGAGUAUGUUCCACAGAACAACGAGGACCUUGUUGCAUCAUAUCUUGCAAAGUCUAGCACAGAACUCUUGCACAACUGUGCAGUGGCCGAUGAAGCAACAGCCAUAAAAUGCACGAUAUAUGACAACACAAAAUUCGCAAGAUUCAUGGAGGGGAGUUCUGUCAUUCUAAGAAAUUUCAUCAAAAAAGUGGAUUCUAUUGCAGUCACCACAACCACUAAGCUAUUUCCUUGCAAUGAUGUGAAUGUGCCUCAAGACAUCAGCAACAGAGCACGAAUCCUACUGAACCUUCCAUCUGCUCCCACAAAGCCAGUGAGUGAGGCUCUGAACUCCCCUCCAAGAGUCAGAGUGUCCAUUAAGGGGAGAAUCAUGCAGGAGGAAGCCACAAGAGAGGUGUUUGUAAAGGAGGAAAGAGUAAAAGUCAAGAACAUCUAUAUUGAAGACUCCACCAGCAAAUGCAAAGUUGCACUAUGGCACAACUUUGCAGAAAAGGACAUUCGUCCUGGAGACUAUGUCCAGAUCACAGAUGUUGUGACCAACACAUUCAGAAAUGAAGUGUCCCUCACCACCACUGCAAAAAGCAAAAUCACUAAGACAGAUUGCCCUGCGGAGGUUAAGAUAUAUCAGGCAAUUUCUGGGUAUUUGGAUGGAGAUGACGUUACCUUCCUACUGCAGGAUGACAGUAUUCUCAGCAUACCCUAUGAAUUGGUGGAAGUUGCACUGCCAGACGUAAAGAAAAAUGAGCUUGAAAGCCACAUUCUCGGAAAGUGCAAACCAACAGUUUCUUUGAGAUGUACUUCAAAGGGCAGCAAGUUUACAAGUGUUGAAAUAAUGUAA